UCCAUUGGAAAUUACAGGCCACCAAACCAAUCACAGCCCAGAGAGAGAGAGAUUUUCAUGGCAAUGGAUCUGUAUUUUGGCUGGCUCUAGCUGUCAAUUCGCCGAAAACAUAUCAAUGCCUGUGUGGGAGUCCAAGUCUAGGCUUGAAGUGAACUCACCUGAUUAUUUCUCAGCACAGUGACAGUCCACAUACUAUAUAACCUUCUCUUCUUUUUGUUUACUAGUAGCAGCCCUCACAAGCAUUUCAGAAUUCAGUGUUUUCUCUCAUCUCUCACAGAUGACAAUGGCUUCUUGAUUUGCUUUCCUGCUUCAUAGCUUCAUCUGAAUUUCUGGUUUCUGUUCCAUUUUCCUUUCAUGGUUUCAUAGCUUCAUAAUUGAAUUCCCAGUACCAUCUGUUGCUUUUCGUCUGAAGUUUUGAUCUGGGUGUUGGUUUUUCUUCUGGGAAUUCUGGGGAAAAUGGCUCCAAGCUCGGUUGUACUCACAAUCGAAAAGCCUAGCAACUUCUCUUUAGUGGAGAUCACAGGUUCAAAGACAUCCAUGUUUCCCGAGAAGGAAAAGGCUGCUAGUCCCAAGCAGUUUACAUGGGUUCUUCUCUUGAAAGUUCACAGAGCUCUUGCUUGCCUUUCAUGGCUGGCGACUGGUGCGCGGACUGUGUUUGUUGCAGCCAAGAAGCGUUUGGCCUUAUCUGAGAUAAAGGAAGAAGAACCCACGAACAGGGGAAGGUUGUACAGAUUCAUCAGAGCUUUUGUCUUCAUUUCAAUAGUGGCUUUGUUCAUGGAAGUCAUUGCCCAUUUCAAGAAAUGGAAUUUGAAUCUGAUUCAGCCAUUGGAGGUCCAGGGCCUUGUGCAGUGGUCCUACAUGGCUUGGCUGUCCUUCAGAGUUGAUUACAUUGCCCCUUUGGUUCUAAUUCUUUCCAAAUUCUGCAUUGUCCUUUUCUUGAUUCAAUCUCUCGAUCGGCUUUUUCUCUGUUUUGGCUGUUUCUGGAUUAAGCACAAGAAGUUGAAGCCCGAGAUGGAUGCAGACGCCUAUGACAUUGAGGAUGGCUCAAGUUUCCCAAUGGUCCUUGUUCAGAUUCCAAUGUGCAAUGAAAAAGAGGUAUAUGCACAAUCAAUCUCUGCAGUCUGUCAGCUGGAUUGGCCGAGGGAGCGCCUCCUGAUUCAAGUUCUCGAUGACUCAGACGAUGAAAAUGUACAGCUACUAAUAAAAAAUGAAGUCUCUUCAUGGAACCAGAAAGGGGUGAACAUAAUCUACAGACAUCGAUUUGUAAGAACCGGGUACAAAGCUGGCAAUCUGAAAUCAGCCAUGGCCUGUGACUAUGUUAAAGACUACGAGUUUGUUGCCAUUUUCGACGCAGACUUCCAGCCCAAUCCUGAUUUCCUCAAGCAAACAAUCCCUCACUUUAAGGGAAAUCCUGAGGUGGGUCUUGUCCAGGCUCGGUGGUCUUUUGUGAACAAGGAUGAGAAUCUACUCACUAGGCUCCAGAACAUCAAUCUGUGCUUCCAUUUCGAGGUGGAACAGCAAGUCAAUGGCCUUUUCCUCGAAUUCUUCGGGUUCAAUGGGACUGCAGGGGUGUGGAGAAUUAAGGCCUUAGAGGAGUCAGGAGGAUGGCUGGAGAGAACAACAGUUGAGGAUAUGGACAUUGCCGUCCGAGCCCACUUGCAUGGGUGGAAGUUCAUCUUCCUCAAUGAUGUCAAAGUGCCCUGUGAAUUACCGGAGUCCUAUGAAGCUUACAAGAAGCAGCAGCAUCGCUGGCAUUCUGGUCCAAUGCAGCUCUUCAGAUUAUGCCUCCCUGCUAUCGUAACCUCCAAGAUGGGGAUAUGGAAGAAGGCCAAUUUGAUAUUCCUGUUCUUUCUUCUAAGGAAACUAAUUCUUCCCUUCUACUCAUUCACACUCUUCUGUAUCAUACUUCCAUUAACCAUGUUCAUACCGGAGGCCGAAUUGCCUGUUUGGGUGAUCUGCUACAUCCCCAUUUUCAUGUCCCUUUUGAACAUUCUCCCAGCCCCAAAAUCAUUCCCAUUCCUAGUCCCAUACCUACUAUUCGAAAACACAAUGUCUGUCACAAAAUUCAAUGCCAUGGUAUCAGGGCUAUUUCAGCUGGGAAGCGCCUACGAAUGGGUGGUGACAAAGAAGACAGGCAGGUCAUCAGAAUCAGACUUACUAGCCAUGGCAGAGAAGGAAUCAAAGUCUUCAAACCAAGAAAAGAUCCAGAGGAGACUAUCUGAAUCUGGCCUGGAAAUGCUAAGCAAAGUGAAGGAACAGAAGGCCCCUCAUCUGAAGAAGAAGAAGAGAAACAGGCUCUACAGGAAGGAGCUGGCACUGGCUUUUCUUCUGCUCACUGCCUCUGCAAGAAGCCUACUGUCAGCUCACGGGGUUCACUUCUACUUCUUGCUUUUCCAGGGACUGUCUUUUCUGGUGGUGGGAUUGGACCUAAUUGGGGAGCAGAUAAGCUGAAAAUUGGAAUAUGUAAAUUAAUUUCCUAGCUUGAGCUUAUGUUUUUGGUAGCUUAUACUACAACUGAUGGUUUGGGAUUGGAUUUGAUUUCAGAUUAGGAGUAAUUUCAUAUUGAAACAGUACUAAAAAGGAGUUGACAGAUGAAGGUUGAAUUCUA